AUGGCUCUAACUCUUGUAUCAAAAUAUUCCCUUCUACCCGUAGUGUUCAGGAUCGUGGUGCUCCUCGUUUGCUUCGAACAUAACCGAUCUCUUAGGUUCGGAGGAAGCUUGUCAAACUAUGGAUCAAGGUCACUCUACUACAGAACAAGGCGGAACAAACCAGACAUCGGAGCUUUGAAGACAGAAAAACUGAUACCUCUGAACUACGAUGAAACUUUUGCCUAUGGAUGUUUGCACGAUAUCCCGAUACCAAAUAGUACUUUGGAAACAACAUUCACGCCCCAACAAGAGAGAGCUGUACUUAUGGAAAUAUUCAACCAAACAGCUGGUCACAGUUGGAGAAAUAAUGCUCACUGGGCCAACAAUUCAGUUCCACACUGCCUUUGGUAUGGAAUUACAUGCGAUCAAACCAAUAGCUACAUUAUCAGUAUCACUCUGAUAGAAAAUAAUUUGGAUGGAACCCUUCCAAAAAGUUUGUGGAAGCUUCGUAAUUUGCAGGGUUUGUGUAUAGGUAACAAUGACAGGCUUUCAGGCAAUCUUAUUGAAAUUUUGUCUGCCAAUAUGACAACCUUGCUUCGUCUUGAUCUUGCUUUUAAUAAGUUGUCUGGUAAGAUUCCUGGUGACAUCUUACCUAAAAUGGAGUCUUUGGUAAAAGUUCAACUUUGCUGCCAAUUGGGAAAGGGCCUGUCUGGUGAAAUUCCAAGAGACAUUGGGAACUUGACUGAACUGCAAGUUCUCAGUCUUGGAGAAAACAGAUUGAAUGGCAUGAUUCCAAAGAGCAUUGCCAAAUUGAAAAAGCUCUGGUUUUUGGAUCUUGAAAGUGUCAAAUUUCUAAAUGGAGGAUUUGAAAACAUGUACAAUCUUUCAUCUCUACGUUAUAUGCAUCUCUCUCUUGCUGGGCUAAAGGGAACUUUGCCAGACGAAUUUGGACUUUACUUUCCUGCUAUGAUUGAGUGUCUCUUGCCAGGAAAUCUUUUCACCGGAGGCAUUCCCUCAACAAUGGGCAACAUGACAAACUUGUGGCAUUUGAACUUGGCGAACAACGAUUUUUCUGGAAAAAUACCAAAAGACUUAGGCUCAAUACCCAUGCUUCAAGUUGCUGAUUUCAGCAGGAAUCAGUUAUCGGGGUUACAAGAAGGAAUUGUUUUCAAGUCAAAAUCCCUAGAAGUACUGAAUUUGGCUGGUAAUAAACAACUUAAUAUGACAUUCAACAGCCUGUUAGAAGCAAUGGAACCCGUAAAUCAAUCGUUGCGUAUUCUUAACAUAAGCGAGUGCAAUUUUCUCGGAAAAAUCUCCCCAAAACUGUGGGACUUUCAAAAUUUAAUUUCUGUAGAUUUAAGUGGUAAUAGCUUGUUUGGACAGCUUCCAUCUCCCCCAGAUAAUAUGUUAUUUCUACUUAAUCUUGACGUCUCAGCGAACAACCUUUCAGGACAAAUUCCGCAAGAAUUUGCAAAACUCUUAGCGCUGGAAGUGUUCGACAUAUCACUGAAUCCCAACAUGCAUGAAUCCAACGAGGAAAGUGGAACUGUACCCAACUUCGUGACGGUUGAUUUUAAAACUUUGACGAAACGAAAUUCAGAUGAUAAAUUCAGGUGUCCCAAUGCUCGGCUCAGUUACAACAAAGGACUUGUCGUGUUAGACCCAAAUUACUAUUUCUACCGCCUGUGCCUUUGCGACAUUGGAUACUUUGGCUCAGGAAGAACUUGUUUACCUUGUAUGGAAGGAGGAGUGUGUCACGAUCAAAUGCUUCCUACGCAGUCAAUGAUCAUUAAAGAGGGAUAUUGGCCUUCAUCUCUUCAUAAAAACGUGACUCACCUGGUGAGAUGUUCGCAAGCUUUGGGCACCAGUCCCCACGUAAAUACAACAUGCAAUCCAACAGGCGCUUGUGAAUGUGAGAUUGAUCCUGAUUGGCUUAAGGAAACGAAUGGUGCAAUUGACAGGCCAUCCAUUACUUGUGACAAGUCGUGCCUUUGUCAGAAAGGUAGUCGAGAUAGGUUUUGCUCCCUUUGUGAACAUGAUUAUUACAAACAAGGAAUACUUUGUUACGCCUGUCGCAAAAGUGAAGCCAGUGUCUACAUCAUAGUCGUACUUUUAAUUCUUACCAUCCUGUUUAUUAUCCUUGGGUUUUUCUUUUACAAAAAGAAACGACUUCUUUCUGUUACUUUUGUCUUCUCUCAAAUAAUCAUUUUGACCAUUUUAGCGAUGCUUCAAAUCAUUCCACCCUGGCUCCUCGAACUCAACAUAAUAGCUCUUUUUAUUGGUUUAGCCGGAAGAGGAAAGACUGCAAGAGGAAUUAUGAAGACAACCGUGUUUUAUUUCCAAACUUUUGAUGCCUUAUUGUCCAACAAUGACGUUUGGCCAGUUGAAGUUUUGGAGAUGCAGCGAUACAUUGGAAAUGUUUUCAACUUUCGUUUCUCUGGCCUGGCUUGUGAGUUUCCGAGCUUGUUUACGCCUCUCGGCGAGCUUGCAUCUCUUUUGAUUCUUCCUCUCAUUUGCAUCUUGCUUGUUUGGUUGUAUUUUAUCCUUGGUUGCCUAGCCUUGAAAAUUUUUGAACCUCACAAUUCAGAAGAAAGACGAUUUCGACUUCGGAAUACCUGUUUACAACUCUCGAUCAUGACCCUUAACUUUACUUACUUUCCCAUUGUGAAAAAAACAGCGUCUAUCCUAGCGCAUUGUGGUGAGGAUAAUGGCCAGCGUUAUUUGAGAGAGGCACCGUGGAUGGAGUGUGAAGGCAGUGACUACACCGUCCUACAGGUGCUAGGCUGGCUUGCUCUGCCGCUGUAUGUGAUCGGUGUGCCUUUUGGAGUGUUCCUUCCUCUCCUGCGCUUCAAUAACCUAGCCAGAAGACAUGGGCUGCCCCAACAAGACCAAGAAAGUUUGGACAGUUGGCUCGGUUCAAUCUAUUUGCCAUAUAAGGAAGAGUUCCGUUCCUUUUUCGAGAUCAUCUUUCUUCUUAGGCGGAUGCUGAUCGCUUUCGCGUUGUCCCUCAUCACUCGUGCAUCGUCCUUUCAGACGAUAGCUGUUUGCUUUGUUUUGCUAAGCGCCCUGUGCUUACAGUUGUCCUUAAGGCCGUUCAACGAUUCUUACAAAAAUUUCCCAUUGGAAAACACAGCAGAGACGUUGGUUCUCUUGACCCUUCACUUUUCUUUCAUGAACGUAAGGUACGCGUCUCUGAACCCUGACUCAUCUACACCCAUUGUUUGGAUGAUUGUAGUGGUCAACGCGGUUCUAAUUUGCGGAAUGGUUGUUUCGAUAAUUUUGUUGUUGAAAAAGGCGGAAAAUGCAGAUGGAGGGCAUGAAGAACGUGCACCAGUCCUAGGAAACGGCGCUGGAGAACAAUAUGGAACUUUUGAGGAGUAAUUGAAUAAUACAAAACGUUAAUUCAAGUUCAAUACUGAUCCUUAACAACUGUUUCCAUAAAAACAAUAUUUAUCUAGUUUCUGUCAAAUGAUAGGAUGGACAUUACGUGGCCGUGUGCAUGGAUACGAACGCAAUUUUGUCACACUUGGUUGACUUAGCAAUAUUGUUGUUAAAGCAUGUUAAAGACGUAGAGCAUGUUCAUGAAGAUAUGUUUUAGGAGAGGGAUAAAUUCUGAUAUUUCAUUAACAUCCUAGUAACAAAAUAUUAAACUGUAAUUUUAAACAAAAAUAUUAAACAAAAAUUUUU